AUGCAAUCUCGUGGAUCGCAGACUUUCUACGAUACCUUCCUUUUUUGUCUGCCCCCUCACUUAACCUAUGCACGCACGCUUAUAGUAGCGCCGACACGUGUUCUCAUCAAGUUCUCUAUACGUUGGAAUGAGGUUGGCGUCCACCAUCUAGCCAUUCUGAAAGAUGUCGGAGCCCAUGCAGGCAAGCUCGCUUGUUUGCAAGCUGAAGUCGACGAUCUGGAAAACCAGAUUCUCAUUGUGGAACAGACAUCGAUCGACGUCGAUCCACCUCUCUUUGACGAUUCGGCGAGCACCUCUGCCCGUCAGCUGAGCGAUACAUUCCCUGCCGAGUAUCUUCCUCACCUUCAGUCGCCUCUCCCCGACGCCGCAUCCGAGUCCGACGCCGAGUCCGAGUCCGAGUCCGAGUCCGAGUCAGAAUCUGAGCCCAAGCAGGUGCAGACCCUCGACGACUUCGUAGCAUCAUUUGACCCCGAAGACAAACACAUACAGGCGCAGCUCCUCGACCUCCUCCGCGCGCUGUCGGAUCUCUAUCUUCGCACGCAGAUCCUCAGAAGUGAGGCAUCGCGCAAGUUGCGCAAGCUGGUGGACGAGAGGAACCCGUGCCGCAGCGCAGGAUUGAGGCGCAUGAGGCGCUGA